GCCGGAACUGCACAGAUGCGAGUGAGAUCACACCCUCAACCUACACUAGCCAUGGCCGCAGCAAACAAGAUUCCCCUGCUGCUCGCCGCCGCUGCCGCCCUCUCGCUCGCCGCGAGCGCCGUGGCGGCGGCGCCCGGCCCGCGCCGCCGGCCGGUGCGCAUGCGGCUGUACAUGCACGACGUGAUCGACGGGCCGGGGCAGACGGCGAUCCGCCUCAUCUGGGGCGCGGGGCCGCCCCACGCGUCCAUGCCGGGGCGGGCGUUCGGCGACACGGUGGCCGUGGACGACCUCGUCACGGAGGGCCCGAGCAUCGCCUCCGCCGCCGUCGGCCGCGCGCAGGGCACGUACAUGCUCAGCUCCCAGCGCGAGGCGGUGCUGGUGGUUGCCAUCACCGUGGCGCUCACCUCGGCCGGGGGCCCCUACAACGGGAGCAACCUCGUCAUCGCCGGGCGCGACAGGGUGCGCGACGAGACGAGGGAGCUCGCGGUGGUCGGCGGCACCGGCGCGCUCCGGGGCGCCGCCGGGUACGUGCUGUGGAGGACGGCCAAGGUGUGGUCGGAGAUCCACAUGGCGCUGGAGCUCGACGUGCACGCGUCCGUGCCGGCGACGGCAGACGACGACGCGGUAGCCACCGAGUAAGAGAGAUUAUUGUACUCCUACGUGGAUCGUUUGAUUCCGCCAUGGAUAUCUAUCCGGCCGGGAGCUCCCGUGCACUGCAGCUAGAUUAUACUCGUAUUUAUUUGUUGUGCUUUUAACUUUUUGUUUCCUUACAAGAAAUAAAAAGAGGCUAUGAUCCUCUGAUCAUUACUAUUAAUCA